GUGGUAGAGCUGCUCAGUGAGAGCACACAACAUCGACGAAAUGUCCGACCCAGCUCAGCCGCACAAGCCUGGCGCCCCAUGGAGUGGACAGAACAAGAUCCCCACAGUGGGCCAAUUCAUCAAUCGUCUGGAUCAGGACAAGAAGUCGCGAGACCAGAAAAUAGAUCAGCAAGUCGGAGGCGACGUCGUUCCGCACAAGAAUGAGACGAAGCAGGAUCAGGAGGGACAGAAGACGGUGACGGAUCCGACGACCGGCAAGCAGGUCACAAUCGAAAACGUCAACGAUGCCUUUGUAGACCGAGCAAAGAAUCCCGUCCUCUCCGUCCCGAACGCGAAUCUAGGGAAAGACACACCUGUCAAGACAGAAGCAACACAGAGCAACCCAGAAUACAAGUACAAACAGGACAUCACAGCACCGCCCGAUCCAGUCGCGGAGGGCACCACCAGCGAUGUUCCCAUCCACGGUGAGAAGACGAACAUCUUGUUCCACCCUACACCAUCGGUCAGCUAUGAAGCGACAUUCGCGAGGUUGGAAGAGCGAGGGUUGUGGAUGAUUGUUGGAGUGUUCUUCGCCAUCAUCAUUCUUGGACGGACGUUUGGUGGCAAGUAUCUCGGCAUCAUUCCUCUUGCGGCCUGCGUAUCGAGUGGAAUUUGGUUAUGGAUCAAAGAGGUUGUGCGAUCUGGGAGAGAAGUCGAGUGGUCGUCGGAGAAAGAGCGCGGCAGGACGGCGACUGCGAACCUGCUGCCAGAAUCUGUCGAGUGGAUGAACACGCUCCUCGGUAUUGUCUGGGGUCUUGUCAACCCAGACAUGUUCCAAGCAGUGGCCGACACUCUCGAAGAUGUCAUGCAGGCUUCCGUUCCUGGAGUCAUUGAGAAUGUGAGAGUCGCUGAAAUUGACCAAGGCAGCAACCCCAUCCGCAUUCUCAGCCUCCGAGCUCUUCCGGACGACCACGUGGAGGACAUCAAGAAGGCCGUCCACGAGGAGAACAAGAAGAACAAGGACCCCCAAGAGGCCGCUGCUGACGAAGAGGGAGGCGACUACUACAAUCUUGAAGUAUCCUUUGCAUACCACGCCGAACCGAGUGGUAAGCGUGCCAGCGAGAAGGCCCGCAACAUGCACAUGCAGCUUGUCUUCUACCUUGGUAUCAAGGGGCUUUUCGGCGUCCCACUACCAAUCUGGGUCGAGCUGCAAAGUCUUGUUGGAACCGUUCGUCUGCGCAUGGCGAUGACCCCCCAACCUCCGUUUCUCAAGACACUCACCUUCACCCUCAUGGGCGUUCCUCAAGUCAGCGCCGGCUGCACUCCCAUGAUCAAAGCAGCGCCCAAUAUUCUCAACCUGCCGCUGAUCUCUCAAUUCGUAAACUACGCGAUCGGUGCCGCCGCCGGCAUGUACGUGGCUCCAAAGUCGAUGUCUCUCGACAUGCGCGCUAUGCUGCAGGGAGACGACAUCACCAAGGAUACACAAGCUCUCGGAAUCCUCUGGAUCCGCAUCCACAAGGCAACCGAUCUCAGCAAGCAGGACAGGAAGGGCUCCAAGCAUGGAGGCAGCGAUCCUUACAUCACCCUCGCCUUCAGCAAGUAUGGCAAGCCGCAAUACUGCACGAGGGUCAUCACGGACGAUCUCAACCCUGUGUGGGAGGAGACAGCGGGCUUGUUGGUCACGCCGGAACUCAUCAAAGCAGACGAGAACCUCAGUGUCGAGUUGUGGGAUAGCGACAGGCACUCUGCAGACGACAUCGUUGGAAAGGUGGAACUGAGCAUGCAGAAGCUGAUCCAGCACCCCGGCAAGAUGUACCCACAAGUUUCCAAACUCAUGGGCAUGGACGAGGGUUCAGAGAUGCCUGGUGAGCUACAUUGGGAAGUCGGCUACUUUGGCAAACCACAGUUCCGUAGUGCUCUCCGCACUGAUGGAAAGAACAAGGCUCUGCCGGACGCUCUCAAGAAUGACCCGAAGUUGCAAGACGAGAAGGGUGUCACCAACACCGACACGGACGACGCUGUGAAGACCACACCGCCUGACCCACUCUGGCCAAGUGGUAUCUGCUCUAUCAUCAUCCAUCAGAUCGUCAACUUGGAGUUGGAGAACGUCAAGGGUACCACCGGAAGCCGCAACGGACGAGAGUACGAACCAGCCAAGCCUUAUGGCGAGGCGGCUGAAGAGGAGGGUGGAGAUCUGCCCAACUCGUACUGCACAAUCCUGUUCAACGAUGAGCUCGUGUACAAGACCAGAACCAAGGCUGUCAGCCAGAAGCCAAUCUUCAACGCUGGAACCGAGAGACACAUCCGUGACUGGCGCAAUGCAAUCGUUACCGUCACCGUUCGCGACCAGCGACACCGCGAGCACGAUCCAAUCCUCGGUGUCGUUCCGCUCAAAUUGUCUGACAUUCUCGAGACAAGCAGUCAAGUCACCAGAUGGUACCCGCUCGAUGGCGGUGUCGGCUUCGGUCGUAUCCGUAUCUCGCUUCUCUUCCGCUCGGUCGAGACUCGCCUACCACCACAGCAACUGGGCUGGUCCGUCGGUACUUUCAUCUUCACCUCCGAAAGGAUUGUCGCCAAAGGCUACAAUCACCACGCCAAACUCAAGCUGCGCACAGGCGGUUCGAGUGGUAAGAUCUCUCGCUCAGCAUGUCACUCCCUUGAAGGCGGAGAGUCCGGAUACUACUGGGACCUCAAGUCUGCUAACGGACACGGCACAUCCAUCAGCCUGCCGGUCAAGUUCCGCUACCGCUCACCAGUUGUGUUCGAGUUCCACGUUGCCAACAAGCGCAAGGCCGAUGCAUACGCGGUCAUCUGGCUGCACCAGCUCAUUGACAAUGAGGACGCAGAAAUGGAUGUUCCUAUCUACCAAACUGCAGGCAGUGCACGCUUGACACAGAACUACAUCACCGAUGAGGCGCUCGCAUCUGGCACCGUUCCUGGACUUGAGGACAUCAAGGAAAUCGGCCGACUGUCCUUCACCGGCCGCUUCAAGGCCGGCAUGGACGAGAGCCACGAGCACUUUGUCGCGGACAACAACUCGCGCGAAACGUAUGAGACCUGGGAAGCCUGCCUGGCAGAAGGUGUACGCACCCGCGUGGUGGAGAAGGAGCUCCCUGAGACCAUCAAGCAACUCCAUGAAGACAGUCUCACCCAAGGCCGCGACGUGCUGAGUACCGCCUCUGAAGAGGAGAAGGAGAAGUGGCUUUCCAAGGAAGGAAUGGACUGGAGCGGAGCCUUUGGCGAAGAUCCCGCCGCCUUCGUUGACAAGAACGGCAAGAAGCGCCGCGAACCAGGUCGUGACCCACCUCUCCAGCCCGGCGAAGAUCCAGACCACGAUGGCAUCACGGUCGAAGGCGAAGAAGAGGAAGAGGAGGACAGUGACGACAGCGAUCUCGGCGUGCAAGAUGCUACGUCAGCCUCCUCUCCAACGUCCCGCAAGUCGAUUGGCACGAUGGAGUCUGGCUGGACAGCGGGUACGGGGGAUACGUACGAUACGCAGAACGAGGACCCCACGAAGCAGAAUAAGCGGACGGAGGAGAGAAAGCAGCGCGGAUUAAUGCAGUGGAAGCCGGCGAGAAAUUUGAAGUUUGCGAAGGAUCAGACGAUCAUUGGAGCGAGGAAGAUCAAGGGCAAGAUGGUUGGUGGACUUGAUGGGCGACAGCCGGGUGUGGAAACUGAGACGGGUCAGUAA